AUGUCAACAAACCCUCACCACGACACCACACCGAAGCGCACCGCCUCACCAGCGUAUACCGUCUCAACACCAUUAGACUUGCUUCAACGCAUUCUCGUGAAUCCGAAACACGUCGUAUUCAGCACUCAGCAUACUCAUCAAGCCACCCCAAACGCUGCCAGCAUGGCCCAACUGCUCCCCACAAAACCGCGCAUGCCCACCUUCCGCCGCAUCCCCCAGAAAGAAUACACACCCGUCGGCUCCCAUCGCGAAAUCGAAGAAUGCCUCCGCAACCGCGAACACCUCAUCUGGCAGGUCUCGACAGGCCAAAUCACCGCCUUCACGGCAGAGUACAUGGACAGGCUGCCAGGUGAGCCGCCGAAGGCCUGGGGCAAAGACGUGCCUCACUUGCUACGAAGCCCCGUAUCAGAAGCGCUUCCACCCAAUCACAAUCCACACGCAGACGACCAAGGCGAAGAGGACGAGCACUCAAAUCACGCCGAAAACCCAGCACAUUUGCCGGACCACGAAGUAUGGUGGCUCUCCUCUUCCCCCGUCUCCUCGCCCCCGGAGCCCGCGUUCCGCGCAAACCCCAACCCUACACCGCCUACACACCCCAAAUCAGCCCCUACCACUGCAUCGAUUGCGCACCCGGGAACCUCGUCGAAGCGGCCCCCGGCCUCUCCCGUCGCCUCGAACGCGGCGCCGAAACGCCUGCGUGUCUACGCUAUGCCGACCCGCUCAACGCUCCCCACCGUUCCCCGCGCGACUGGGCUCCGCAGCCCCUAUUUCGCAGCGCCACAUGGUGGAGGCGAGGCUGUGUUGGAGCACGCGAGGACGGCGGGGGCUGCCACUGGUGGAAUUGGCUUGAUGCGGCAACACGGUGUGCGCAGUGAAGGGGGUGGCUAUGGUGUGGGGGAGGAGAAGCGGGCACGAGGGAACGCGCUGGUGGAUGGGGAGGGAUUUUUGGUGGAUAUGGAGGGGAGGAGGGUUAGGUAUGGGAGGGGAAAUGCGUGGGCUGCGAGGGUUGGUGGAAAUGAUGGGGUGGUGGAGGAGGAGGGGAAGGAUCAGGAGAUGGUUGAGACGAGUAGUGAUGUGUGGGAGGGGGAGUGA